AGAAAGCUACGAAUCACAGCCACUGGUGUUAAUCAUUCAUUAACAAAACAAAACUAAGAAGAAGAAAAAAUGUUGUUCUUGGUCAUCAAGGCAAAGAAGAAGAAGAAGAAGAACAAGAAGAAGAAGAAAGAAAAAGAAAGAUAGAGAAAAAGAGGGUGCAAUUUUGUGGGUUGUCAAAAUGGCUUUUGGCUUGCCAAUGAAGUCCAUGGAGCCAACUAUCUGUGGAGACAAGUUAGGUAACCUCAUAAUGGAAGUAGCUAAAAACUUUGUUGUAUAUAUUGGGAUGGUGCUUGCGUGCAAUGGUUUACAUUUUCUACUAAAGCCUUAUAAACAACCACGCAUUACUUCAGACAUAAUUGUGGGAAUGUUGGUGGGGAACAUAGGGUUUGUACGCAGGCUGUUUGAGAAAUUUAACCUGACUUUUGGAUUCAUCAUUGAUUUUGGAAUGACAUGUUACAUGUUUACCCUGGGAAUAGAGAUGGAUCCUUAUGUACUGUUUGCAAAACCAAAUAGGCAUACCAAAACUGCUGUAGCAGGAAUUAUAUGCUCCUUCGUUCUGGCAGGUCUUGCAACCCCAAUGUUCAAAUUCUUCCCAGAUGAAAACAAGCUGCUAGAGUUCACCCUAGCCUUCUCCACAAUGAUUUCUAGCACCGACUCACCAGUCUUGACCCGUUUAAUAACCCAGCUGAAAAUAGGAAAAUCAGAUAUUGGGAAGCUCAUCAUUGGAGCAGGGAUGCACACAGAUUUUGUGUGCUGUUUGAUGCUUUCCAUUGGGUUCAUAGCUGUGCCAAUGCCAGCAUAUUGUCAAAAUUUGCUAGCAAAGUUUGAGAUUAAGAGGACUGUUAAUGUAGCGUUUGCAGUGGUGGUGCAGGUAGGGUUCGCAGCCAUGGUGUCACCAAUGCUCAUGAAGUGGGUUAGCAAUGAGAACCCUGAGGGUAGACCCAUGAAAGGUCCACACUUGGUACUGUCCAUUGCCUUCAUGGUCUUAAUGUGUGCCUCCACCUCUAUGUAUAAUUAUAAUCCAAUUUUAAGUGCUUUUCUGGUAGGGCUUUGUGUUCCCAGGGAGGGUAGAGUUUCCAGAUGGUUUAUCACCAGAAUCAACUACAUGUUGACCACUAUUUUCUUUCCCAUCUUUUUCUUGUGGAUGGGCUAUGAAUCUAAUUUCAGGCAGUUUGAACUACACCAUCCUGCAACAUGGGUAAGACUCAGUGUGCUUUUGGUUGUUGCAGUAGCUGGAAAAGUUGUUGGAGUAGUCAUCUAUGGUGCCAUGUCUGGUGUUCACUGGCCUGAAUCUGUUGCAAUAGGAAUGCUCCUUGUUACUAAGGGCCAUUUGCAAAUCUACUUAGCUAUAAAAGUGAUAGGUUGUGGUGGUCUAAGUACAAGCACAGGCAUUGUGAUGGUACUGGGAACCUUUUUAACAGCUUUACCUGCAUCAAGAAUUGUAGCAAGCAUCAUUAGAAGAGCAAAGAAAAGAGCACCUACUCAUCGUUUGGCACUUCAAAUGCUUGACCCCUCAAGUGAGUUAAGGAUCCUCCUGUGUGUUCAAGGGCCUCAAAAUACCCCUGCUUCCAUCAACUUGGUGGAGAUCACAAAAGGAACUGCUGAAACCGGCAUUGUGGUGUAUGUCACUGACAUGAUUGAACUCACUGCUGAAAUAUCAGACUCAUUGGAGAGGGAUGAAGCAUUGCACACAGCAACAGUGAAAGACAGGGCAGUCAUGGAGAGGAGAGACCAAGUAACCAACUCAUUCCAAGCCUAUGUGGCAGACAAUGAUGAUGGCAUCACACUCAAAAGAACCAUGACACUCUCAACAAUCACUAACAUGCCUCAAGACAUUUUCAUUUUAGCAGAGGACUUGAUGAUUGCCCUCAUCAUAUUGCCAUUCCACAGGAGCCAGCGUGAUGAUAAAAGGUUGGAUAGUGGUAAUCCAGGGUUCAGAUACGUCAACCGAAAGGUUCUGAGAAGUGCCCCUUGUUCUGUUGGGAUUCUAGUAGAUAGAGGCCUUGGAUCAGUUGAAGGUAUAACAAAAUGUGAAGCAACAGUAAAUGUGGCAGUGAUAUUCAUUGGUGGAAAAGAUGAUAGAGAAGCCCUUGCCUACGCUAGCCGUGUAGCGCGGCAUUCACAAGUUAAACUGACAGUUCUAAGAUUCCUGGUAGAUAGCAGUGUGGAGUCUGCAGCAUUAUACAGGAUCAUCUCUCCAGAGCAGGAGAAAGAGAUGAAAUUGGAUGAUGAAUGCUUUACACAUUUCUACGAAAGGAAUGUGAUUGGGGGUCGGAUUUCCUACAUGGAGAAGCAUUUUGCAAAUGCUGCUGAGACAUUCUCCACUCUGAGAUCCUUUGAAGGACAAUACUCAUUGGUGAUUGUUGGAAGGGAAGGAGGAACAAACUCAGUUUUGACAAGGGGCAUGAAUGAUUGGCAACAGUGCCCAGAAUUGGGACCAAUAGGGGAUGUUCUUUCUGGAACAGACUUCUCAAUGACAGUUUCUGUUUUGAUCAUCCAACAACAUAGACUUAGAGGAGAAAUAGAUGGGUUGGAUGAAGAUUUCUCUAUCAUAUAAAUGAGUUAGGUAGAUAGAUGGAUAGGUAGGGUAGAAGUAGAUACUAAUUGUAGCAAGGAAACAGAUAACUGCUAGAGUUACUUAGUCAAAAUUGUAAAGAUAACAUCAUCUUCUUUUUCCAUUUAGCAAUAGGAAUGUACUAUCUUCAUGUUUAAUCAGGCUUUUAAACCA